UUAUUGUUUAUUAAAUAUUAUUAUUAAUAUUAGGAUUUCCAUGUUUUGAAAAUAAUCGUCAAAAGAUUUAUCGGAUAGAAUAUUGUAUUGGAUAUAAAUUUGUAAAAACAAUUGUAGGUAUGUAUUUUUUGUAUCAUUUUUCUUUAAUGUAAUAAGUUAGAUUUUUGCUGCCAUUGUUCUCAAUAUUAAUUAUUAGGGACAACCAAAAUGUAUGGUUAAAAAUUGCGUUAGAAUCGAAAAAUGCAUAUUAUAUUUUAUUGAAAAUUACAGGAUAUAUGCCAAAAUAUGUCAUUCCACAUAAUCUCCAUCGAGACCAAUGCAUUUCUGAAGUCUGUACACCUGAUCUAGUAUACCUUUGUUGCAUAUUAUCAGCUCCAUCUCUUGAAGCCAUUUUGUUCACAGCUUCCUUAACCUUGUCAUUAAACUCGCUGGUCACGUAAAAACUCCUUUAAUUUUAGUCAAAACAUGGUAAUCCAAUGGUAUUAGAUCUGGAGAGUAUUGUGGUUGAGUCAUAAUAUCUCAUAUAAAUGAAUCGAGCAGGUUUUAAGUUAGGUGGAUGUUAUGGGGUCUAGCGUUGUAUAAAUGAGUGAUAUACCACAAAUCAGCAUUCCCUUCCUAUUGUCUUCGAUUUUUUUUCAACCAACAUUUUUGGUGGUCACUUUGUUUAUAUAAUUUACCAACAAAGUUCCUUUCCAGUCCUAAAAAUACGGAUACCACCAUCUUCCUCUCUAAAAACUGGAUGUUGAAAUUUUUUGCUGAUGGGAAAUGAUGCCACUGUACAGACUACCUUUUUGAUUCAGGAGUAUAAUUGACACACCCGUGUUUCGCCUUCAGUCGAAAUAGAUUGUUCCUUUUCAUAAUAUUCAAAAAAUGACUGACCGAUAUCAUACCUGCUGUAGGUGUAGCUAAUGGAGAACAAACUUAUUGACACGUUUGACAACAUUUUGCAAUUGAUUGAUGAGGCGCUAGAUGACCUAUUUUGACUGUUAGAAACGUCUCUACACAUUAUUGGUAUAAACUUUGAAAAAAAAAAUUAUUUCCAUUCUAUAUAGCCGUUUUAACCUUACUUUCUGUACUUGUGAAACCGUUUUACUAUGAUUUAUUUUAAUAAUUAAAUCUAGAAUUAAUUAUUAAUGCCCACAGUAUUUGACAACAUUAAUUAAAAACUCAUGGAAGUUGAUAAAAAUUUUGGAAAUUCUCUACUAAAUUAUUUUUUAUUUUUUAUUCUGAAUGUUAGGUGUAGAAAAAAAAAACCCUAGUUUUUGUAAUUUUACUAAGAUUAUUUUAAAAUAAUUGAUAUAAUUGUCAAAUAUUUUACUAAAAUGUAAGAAGUCUGACAACCAAACCAUUUUAUUUUUGUAAUUCAGUUAUUACUUUUAAUUGUCAUUUAUUAUUUUUAUCUUAAAUUUGGCUUAAUAAUAAUGUUAGUGAUAAAGAAUUUGUAAAUUAUUUAUUUAUUUACUUAUUUAUAAUAACAGACUUUUCGUCCAUGCAUCAACAUAAUUACAGGUUAUUCAGAUACACCAAAUUACAAGAAAAAUUGCACAAAAAUAAAAAGCCCAUAUAAUAUAUAUUUUAGUUUGAGGAGAAAAGUGUCGGUUUAAGAUAAGAACAAUAGAAGGAAGGGUUGGACAUAAGGCGAAUAAUUGGUUUAUUGAGUUCGUUAUUAGUAGAGCGGAAAGGAAUUGAACAGUUAAUACAAGAAGGUAUAUAAAAGUUAGGAUUAAAAAGUAAGAAUGGGCAAUCAAUUUCGUUGGAGAGGAGUUUUUGCAGGAAGUUAAUAUUGACAGAAAGUCUGCGCUCAGCUAAGCUUACUUAAUUAAGUUUAUGAAGAAUGGGGUCACAGAAAUGUGGAGGGUGAUCAAUUUUGAGCAGGAAAGCUGAAUGCUUAAAAAAGUGCUUAAUCAUAUCUUUAGAGCUGAGCUGACCAAGAAUCUAAUCUUUAGAUGGAAAUUUUUGGUCCUAUGAAUAAUUUGAAUCAGUCAGUUGGUUUGAUCAUUUCGGUCAGACAUCUAAUAUUGUUCUUAUCAUUAGGUAGGAAUUGUCAUUUAUUUUAAUGAUUAAAUUAUUUAAAUCGAACUGGCGCGUCCUAUGUUACGCUACUGAAAAAGUUAGCGCCAAAGUUGAAUAAAUUGUUUAACAACUACCAAUUAAUUACUUUUGGUUAGGUACUCCAAGGUCCUAGAGUAUGAAUGAUAACAAAAAUUGUUUUAAGCCCGGUUAACAUAAGCAAAUAUUUGGUGUACAUCAAACUUCAAAUAUUUUAGAAACAUUUCUAAAUAUUUGACAGUUUUGUCAAAUAUUGGAUUACUAGAAUGAUAACAAUUUGUUAUCAUUGUAUAUCAUGGUAAAUAAUAAUAAUAAUAUAUUUCAUCAUCUUAUAACCAAGAAAAAUUAAAUAAGAUAAAAACUUUUCAAAAAAGUGAAAUUUGUGCUUUGAGUAGGUGAGUUCCUAAAUAGAAAGUAAUAAUUACCAUUAGUUAAAAUAUAAUAUUUAUAAUAUAUACAAUUAAAAAAACUUAUUAAACAAUCAUUGUGUUACAAUUUAAUGAGAACAGAUUUAUAUAAAAUCAAUAUUAUUUCAAUUGAAUUAAUAUAUUUUACAAGGAGUUUUUUAUUCUUAAAUUUACUUAUAUCUAUGUUAUGGAUUAAAAGAUGGCAGAUCAAUUUUAGACUUAUACAAUUAUAUUUUUAUAGAAAAGAGCUUUUAAAUUAAAAACAUUAAAAUCAAUAAACAAAUUUUUCAUGGAAUUGAAAUUUGGUUUUUUCAAAUUAUUUUUAUUAAACCAUGCAUUAUAAUCUUUAAAAUGUUUAAAUUAUAUGUUCCAUUUCAGAUUGCUAUACUAUAACUCAUCACCGAUUGAGCAAGAAACAUAUACACUAUUCUAUUAACUGCACAGUAAAUAAAUUAAAAACAAAUAAUUCAGAAAUUGUUCUAGUAGAUAAAUCUAAUGCUAUUCUUAUCAUGUAGACUAAUGAAAUUCAUAAAAAAAACUUUAGAUUUUAUAAUAAUAUUCAAAAUCUAGGUGCAUUGAAAGGUUUGUUUUAUUUUUUUGAUUUUCUAAACAAUUUUCAUAAUAAUUAUGAAAAUCUGGAAAAGAAAAAUGAAUAAUAAAUUUUAAAUUUUUCUCUUUAAUUGGUUUUUCUAUUAUUAUAACCUAUUUAUUCACUUAUAAAUAUAUAAUACAUACAAGGUUUAAUUAAUAUGAAACACUUUUUUUGUGUGUGCAAAUAUGAUUUAGUUGAUUAUCAAAUAUUCUAUAUCAUACCAAAUUCCCGUUUACAACAAUGUCCUACUUAUAUAUGUUCAACCUUUAUUUUGUAUUUUAUAAUACCACCAAUAUGUUACCAUAUUAUAAAAUAAAAUAUUAUUGUAUACAAUUUGUCAAAGUUAAUAUGUAUGCUCUCCUCCCCCAGAUAUGAAUUUUGCUGCAAAUACUCAAAUUAUAUUUAAUACUCAUUAUUUAUUAUAUUUUUCAGACACAUAAUAUACAACUCUAAAGAAGUAGGUGGAAAAAUGGAUACUAUUACUAUAAAAAAAGAAAUGGAUAUCAUUGAUGGUUUUAUUUAUGAGACUACAAUUAUUGUUGAAGAUGAUCCUAUGAAAUCAAUUUUGUAUGAAGAAUCAAAACUUGAAAAAAAAUGUUUUAUAUGCGCUGAUUGUGGUAAACAAUUUACUUCAAAAUUAAUUUUGAUAUCACAUAUAAAAACCCAUACUAAAAUUAAACUAUAUCAGUGUAAUGUGUGUGAUGCAUCAUAUUCUACACUAUCUGUUUUACAAAAACACUUAAAAGUUCAUAACCCUGAAAGAGAACACCAGUAUGAAAAUAAAUCAAUGCAAAUAAAGUGAGUAUUAUGUUAUUUAAUAUUUAACUGUGUGUUCUUUAAGUAUAAUAAGGCUACUCUCCUACUAGUGAUUUGAUGUGAUUAGAAUUGGUGAUUUUUAUCAAGGCUAUUUUUCCAAUAUUUAUAAAUAGGACUUCUCUCAUACAUGCAAUGUAACUAUCAUCACAGCAGUGAUAAGAAUUGCACAUGACUGAUCAUGUUCAGUUUUAUUGCAACAACUGCAAUUUUGGUAUAUGGCAAAAAAUCAAUAAGUCAAAGCAACUUGUAAAGUACAAACAAAUUUUCUUUACUAAUUCUCUUUUUACUAAGUUCUCCUGAAGCAACAUGAACAUUUAUGUUAUUACUAGAUAAUUAGGGAUGAACCCAAAAUAUGGAUUUUUUUUAAAAAAUUUCAAAUAAGGCCACUUCACUAUCACAUUAUCAUCUGAACUAUCUAAUUCCAUAUUCAAUACAUGAAUGAUGCUAUAGAAAGGAAUUGUCAAAAAUAAUACAAGUACAAUUUUAACAACAGGACUUCAAUUGUUUGAAUGAGUAAAUUAACACAAAACUCAUCACAUGUGACAGUUUCGUGUUUUUUUUUUUUUUUAGUUGAAUUGUAAGAAAGCUGCCUAACUGUUUUAAUCUUAAUGUUAGCACUGAUCUACUGUUGAAUUCACAGAAUAAUUUUAGCUUAAUAGUUACCAUUAUCUAAUAUAUUUAUAUAAGUAAUUUAUUAGAAAUAGUGAUGUACCUACCACAUAAAUUACAUUCAAUUUUGGAAAAAAAAUUUUACUAAAAAUUAUAUUCUUUUAUGAUUAUUUAGGUGUUAUAUUUAUUUGUCUACAAAUGAACUGGUAAAGAUGCUUCAUAUUUGCUGUAUAUUACUUAUAGACUACAAUCAUCUAUACAGGUUGAAUCAUGACAUAUUAUUAUAUGUUAUAAUUAGGGUUAGGAUGUUUAUGAACUUAAAAUCCAUAAAAAAAGCUAAAAAUGUCAAAAAAGGACUAAAAGAUAACUUAAAAAAUAUUUAAUAGAGCAAUAAUGGUUGAAGGGUUUGGAAGCCUCCUAUAAUAGUUCUAUAUUAUUCAAAAAUAAUUAUUACAAAUUAAUUUUUUCAAACAAAUUUGGACAUUAUUAAAGAAAAAUACUUUGUGUUAAUCAUUUGUCAGUGUUAGAAAAUUGUAUUUAAUAGGGUUCAAAUCAAAUAAAACAACAUUUAAUAAAACUUUAAAACUCAUCUACCACUUUUGAUUUUUAAAAAGUUUUACAUGCUUUUUUGAUAAUUUAAGCACUUUUUUGCGAAUUUUAAGUGCAUAAACAUUCUAAUCCUAGUUAUAAUGCUAUUUAUUUCAACCAAUAGCUGUUUCACAUCUGAUAUUAAUUAUGAGACAAUAAUUUACAAAAAAAAUUAAGGAAAAUCAGUUAUGACUGAUGCAGUGAUGAAAAUAUAAGACCGUAUUGAUAUUUAAUUUUAAAUUAUAAUAGUUUAGCACAUUAAAUGCAUGCUAUUAAAAACAUAAUACAAUUCACAUACUUUAUUUCUAUUUAACAAACAAAUUAUAGUCAUAUAAGAAAAAACAAAAUAAAUUGGUACAUAACUAUGAAUGGUUGUCACAACAGAUAGGUAAAUGUGUAUAUUUUACAUUAUAUUUACCAUGUUCUACAAUUCUACAACAGUAAUGUACCUUUAUAGAACUUUUUUUGUAUAACACCUACCUGUUUUAUGUUCACACAUAUUAUAAAUAUAAUAUUAUUAUUUUAUUACAAACUUUUUAUAUGUAUUUAAUUAUUAUUAAAUUAUUAUAUUUGUAAUUAUUAUGAUGACUAUAUUUUUCAGAAACAUAUUAAACUCCAAAGAAGUAAAUGAAAAAAUGAAUACUGUCACAAUAAAAAAAGAAGUGGAUAUCAUUGAUGGUUUUGUUUAUGAGACUACAAUCACUGUUGAAGAUGAUACUUUCAAACCAAUUUUGUAUAAAGAAUUACAAAAAGAGAAAGAAGUACAAAUUCACAGCAAUGAAAUAUUAUAUCAAUGUGAUAAUUGUAAGAAGACAUUUUCUCAGAGACAUGCUUUGAAGUGCCAUAAAAGAAUUCAUAAGUCUUUUGAAUGUAAUGUGUGCAAAAAAAAAUUUUCUCAAGCAAUUAAUUUAAAAAUGCAUGAAAAAAUUCAUACAGGAGAAAAACUUUAUAAAUGUGGCUUGUGCAAGAAAGCUUUUAUUCAGUCAUCUGGAUUAUAUAUCCAUAUAAGAACUCACAGCGGGGAACGACCAUACAAAUGUAGCACGUGUAAGAUAAGAUUUUCUCAAAAAUCUCAUUUGAUAAACCACGAAAGAAUUCAUACUGGUGAAAAACCAUUCCAAUGUGAUUUUUGUAAAGUGAAAUUUUCUAAAAAACACACUUUAGACAACCAUAAACUCAUUCAUUCUGGAGAAAAGCCUCAUACAUGUGAUGUGUGUAAGAAGAAAUUUACUCAGUUAUCAUCUUUAAUCAGCCAUAAAAAAACUCACACUGGGGAAAAACCAUACGAAUGUGACAUAUGUAAAGUUACCUUUUCUCGAAAGUCCUAUUUGAAAAUCCAUGGAAGAACUCAUAGUGGUGAAAGACCAUUCCAAUGUGAUUUGUGUAAUCGUAGAUUUUCUCGGAAAUAUAUUUUAAUCAACCAUAGAAAAGUUCAUAUACAAUAAAAUCCUUAUUAAUGUGAUUUUUGUAAAAAAAAUAUUUACUCGCCCAAUCAUUUCAUUCAACCAUAAAAAAAGGCGAGGAUGCACCACACAAUGUGGUAUGUGUAUGAAAACAAGUCUUACAAAUGCUACACUAUAAGAAAACAUUAUAUUAAUUUCACAAUAUAGGACACCAUAUGAACAUUUUAUAUUAUUUGUCUGCUUUUAAUAUUAAGAAUGAAAAAAAAAAAAAAAUUAAUACAUUUAAAAUGCGUUAUUUAUAUUUUAGUGUUUUAUGUUAUUAUUUUAUUUGUAUACAUUACAGACUAUGAUUAACAUGUUGAAGAA